AUGAGGGGGAGACGGAAAGUGACAGCUUCCGCCUCCACUUCUGAGAGCAGUGACGACUUGCCACCGCUUGAGGACAGUGAGGAGGAGGAGAGGAAGAAGUGGAGCGAGAAGGAAGAUCCCUUCAAAAUUCACGUCUCAACCAAGGACAUGGUUCAAAUGGAGGAGAAUUUGAAGAGUUUUAGUCAAAUGCACCCGUUAGGAGACGGAAGAAGCUUUAAGCAUGUUGCAGACGGAGAAGACACCCAAGAGGUCCUCUGCGACAUCCGAAAGGAGCUUGCGGAAAAGCAUGGGGCCGCAGUCAAGGCCAAGGGGGGAGAGGUAGGAAAGACGUUUGAGAAAAGCCUCAAAUGGGCCAGGGAGGAACCCAUCUCCACUCUUAAUAAGACCAAAAAAUCCGCCUCCGCCUUAACUCCUGGCGCCUCAGCCAGGAACCAACAGAUGCGGAUAUGGGGGCGAAACGAGACGAUAGGCGACGUCCAGAAGCAUGCUAAAGCCAUACUGGAGGCGGUGAGCAAGAAGGACAAGAAUGCUAUCCCUGGGAUAGAGACGUUCAACCUGGAACACAUCUUGUCCCUUCUGGCUGAGGCAUCAAAAAUCCAACAGCUGGAGGCCGAUCUGAAAACGGCCAACCAGCGAGUGAGCGACGCUGAGACGGCUCAGAAGGGGGCGGAGGAAGCCAAGAAAAAGGCGGAGGAGAGCCUCAAGAAGGUUGGGGAGGUGCUCAAGAAGGCCCAGGCCGACUUUGGCACUUUGCAAGGUGCUUCUGAAGAGAAAACCCUCCUGAAGACCAAGGUCAAGAAGCUGGAGAAGGAGGCUGCUCAGGCUCAGAUAAAAUUUGUAGCGACUCUGGAGGCGGAGCAAAACUGCCUGGUCGAUGAGAGCGAUGUUGACAAUGACGUCCGCAUGAAGAUCGCCUGGGUUGCCUUGUACCCAGAGCAGGAUUAUGGCAUCUGGGCACUGGCUCACAGGUACGCCGAAGACGUGGUGUACUUGAGAGAGAAAGGUGAGCCAGAGCCUGAUUCCUUCGACGCCUGGGCUAGCGCCAACACUGAGCUUCCCGCGCCUGAGCUACUUGGUCCUGGUGAAGCACAAGAGAUUCCCUCAUAUGAUGAGGAGGACCAGGAGGAGCCGCCUGCAGGCCAUAAGUGA